ACCGAAGGCUUUUCGUAAACAAAACAGAGGCUUUUAAAUUCUGCUGGCUGGAGCAGCUGCUGCAGCCACUGACAGGGGGCCAGGGGGCGAACCUUAAAUGCGGGGGCGAAUGGCUGAUCGGAGAAACAUCUGAGAUUUCAGAUAGAUCUUGUAAUCAAAUAGCAACGAAUUUUUGCAUGGAUGUAGCGUAACGGAAAUGGCAGAAGACGAAGAUUCUGUAGACCUGUCUGCACUGGAAGCAGAGCUGCAAGCAGCUAUCGAUGACGACGCUAGGUACUGGAGAGAGAAUGAUGCGAAAUUAAGGGCUGUUGAGCAGAAAGUGGCAACAUAUGAUGAAUUCAAGGACAUAGUGAAGGCGUGUCACCUAAGGCCGCUGGACAAGGAGGAUAAGCUGGGCCACUCGAAGAAAGCCACGGUCUGGAACAGCAUGGCAGCCAAGAAGCAGCAGAGCUUGGCGCUGGAGAUGACGCAGCAUUGUGUGCCGACCAGCAUCAAGGGAGAAGAGACGCGGGUGCCCGCCACCAUGUCGGAAUUUGCGGAGCAGUGGCGGCCCCUCGACAUAUGCGACCGGCUGCAGCUGCUGAAGCGCAUGGGCCCGGCGACGCUGGGGCAGGUCCUGAGGACGGAGAUCCCGGUGGGGACGCUGGGAGAGAUCCUGCAGGCCCUGCUCGCCUUCCCCCCCACCACCGACGACAUCAUCCUGGUGGUGCAGCUGCUCGAGGCGCUCGCACAGGCAAAGAGGUUCAGCCUGAGUCUGCGAUUCCUCAGUUCAGUAGAGAAGGCGACCUGUCGUCAGCUGAUGGAGAAGUUGAACAGCAGCCUGCAGAACAGGCAGCAGGAUCUCGCGGAACACGGAGUCACCGAGUGGAGUGUUCUCGAACUGAAGAACAAAUACAGUGUGUAAAUUCCUGUAGCACAACCUCACAUAACACCAUGGUUUUUUUCAUAGAUGUACACAAACUAAUGUUUCAAAUUUUCCAUUUUUUUUUUUUUUUGUAUUUCUUAUCAGAAAUCAGAAACGACAAUUCCACUAUUAUUCCACUAAAGGUUUAAACAGUGAUAAAUUGAAAAGUUAUUGGAGUGGAAUAGUAUUCGUAUUAGUAUUAUUUUUAUUUAUUAGUCUAAUGUUUUUAACUUUUCAGAGUAUUUGCUUUUGCUUCUUCCGUCUAUCUCAAAUUUGUUCAUUAUGUUUAGUGUUUGUACGUGUAGAGAUAUAUUUUGUGGAUAUGAUAAUUUUAGAACUGCCUAACUGAUUAUUUCAGGUAAAAGUGUAGUUCUUAUAAAUUUAUUUUAGUGAUUUAAAACUUACUAGUAAUCUAGACUGCUAUUAUUACAGAAUAGUAAAAAGGUCAUAACAAUGACUUUGCAAAUAUCUAUUUUGAAUUUUGUAUUUAUGUGAAAGUCAAUAUGUUAGUUAGCUUACGCUAUUAAUUUAAUUUUUUGUUAAACAGUUCAAUUGCUAUUACUAUGUACUGAUCACUGCCUAACUUUUCCAACAUAGUCGUUAUUGUAAAACCCUGUAAGAGAUAGUACAAAUAAUAGUUCAAAUGUUUUUUAUUCUUAUGUGGAAAAACUAAUUUGUGUGUAAACAUUCAUUCCACGUUUAAAGCAGAAUCUGUUUUAUGUUCUAGAUAUGUUUUUACUACAGAAUUUCAAGUGAUUGUGUUACUGGCAGGAAAUGUGUGCUUGUGCUUUUUAUGUACAGUAGAAAUGGACUGUACAUUUAAAGCAGUACAUAAUGGGACAGGUUAAUCGUAUAGCUUACUACAUACAGUCAAAUAAAAUAAUUGCACUGUAAGAAAAAUGCAACAUAUCAGUCACAGUCAAGACUGAUAGUGUCACUGCUCUAUGGUGUUUAUCUGUUAUCAUAGAUGUUUUACAAGGCUGCUACGUAGUAAUUAGUUGAUAUAUUUGUUGGGACAUAUGGUGUACUCUGAUAGGAUAGUUGGCGGUUAUGCUAGGAUGAAAAUUUGCAAUAACAUUUUUACUGAAGUUCAAUAGUUGUAGUAUAGUUGGUUACAAGAGUAAUGCUAAGAUGUUUGAAUUGGAAGACAGAUAAUGAAUUUAACCAGAAAUGACCUCUUUUAUCGCAUAAUCGUCGCACUCGCAUAAUCGUUGCACCCAUAUUUUAGGCCGUCAAAAUUGGAAUAAAAAAACUUCUCGCGUAAACGUUGCAUGAUGUUUUUGGUCACGCUAUUAGAUGAAGAGCGCUUUGUAUAGGUAUCUUUUCCGUAUAAAACGAUGUAUUUUAAAAUAUAAAUCUAAUAUUUAUUUGGACAUUACCACUUACUUAUUUAAUUAAUGGAAAUACGAAAUUGUCUGACGUGUAAAUUUUCUUUUAAUGACUUUUAAAACGUUAUAACCUUCAUCGGUCCGUCUGUGUCGCAGCGGUUUACUGCUUAUAAAAAUGUAGCCAGCGCUCGUUACAAUCAUUAAUUUUUGGUUAUGUUGCUUUCGUAUAGAGCGCGUACACGUAGUCCAAUAUCAAUAUCUCGCCGAUGCAUGCAACGCGCGCUCUCUAUCAGGUGCUGAGUUAACUUCAUUUGAUAGCCCGCAUUCUUUUGUGGUAAACGGCAAUAGUUACGCGUUAAUUCACGUCACAGAUUCAAGCCGCUUGCAUUUGUGUCACAGAUUUAGUUUUUCUAUAUAAUCUAAUGUGAUGUGAUGCACAAAACAGUGCUAUUUUAUUUUCUAAAUUGAGCAGCAAAAUUACAGCAAGUUUUUUGUAGGUUCAGUCUAUGAAUAAUAUGUCAAUAUUGUAGAUACUGGAAGAAAAUAAGGCCUAUCUGUAGGGUCCUCACUGUGUUCUUCGGAUGCACAACGAUGACUGGUGCAAAUGACCACCUGAUAUCACUGCGUUUGCACCAGGGUGCUAAUGUCCCAUGUCUCAAGCUCUUUUGAAAUAAGCUUCUAUCCACAGUCGAAUCCUCACAUUUUUAUCUUACUAAUAUAAAACAAAGAAGAAACACCUUGUUACUUGUAAUUUAUAAAUGCCUUCAGUUUCACACUAAAAACAUGAGUAGUGUGAUGUAAAUGCUGGGAAUUUGUCUGUCAGGUUUUCAAAUUUCAAACUAACUUGAAUGGAAAUUAAGUAAAAAUAAUGAAAUUAGCAACAAAAAAAAUUCAAUUACUAUUGAAAAUAGCCAAAGACAUGUGAAUGGGAAUUAGUGUGGAAAAGUUGGUCAAUCCGUAGCACUCGCUUGCACAAGAGAGGUCAUACUGUGUGCCAAAGUGCUUUAUGCAUUUUGUUACACGUGCAUGAACAGAAAUAUAGAGAAACUGUGAAAUGCAUGAAAUAUCAUCAGUUUUUUCACACUGCUGCUGAGAGCUGAUUGUAAAAGAAAAUGGUUUGGUUUACAAAUGACACAUGGUCUGUUAGCAUGCACAUGCAGGUGUUGAACCUCUCAACUGCCAGCAUAAGAAACAGAUGCAUGAUCAAAUCAGAUCUGGUCAAUAUCUUGGUCAUUUUUGAUUGUCAAUAGGCUUCGUAUGUUUAAACACACUUAUACCCAGGAACCUAUUAUUACAAUUAAGCAAUUUUAAGUCAUUGGAUUAUUACAUAUGCAUCAUUAGCAUUAUUAUAAACUGUGUUUUCUUAACUUUAAUGCAGAAUUGUUAUACUUUCUGGACAUUCUUUAAAUCUCUAAUUUCUUUCUAUUCAGGUUUUUUUUUUUUUUUUUUUUUUUCAUCUUUCACUGAAAUAAUAAUGUACCAGCUCCUCUUUCCUUAGCAUUAUUUGUUUGGUGUCUUGUACAUCAAAGACUACAUACUCAAAAAGCUAUGUAAUGUUGGAAACUAACACACAAAUAGUCUUGCUUGUCUUAAACAUUAACUUAUUGCUCUAUUGUUCUGUACCUUAUUUGCUUCCAUAAACUUCACUACGAUUUGAUCAAAUGCCCACCUAAAAAUAUUGUGUGCAAGGGUUAUGUGCUAAAGUUGGAAAAAAAAUUUUUUCCAAUGAAGCAGGCUGACCUUUAUGACAUGCAAAGGUAAAUGUACUCAUUUGAAGUCAGUACAUCCUAGUUUUUAUUUGUAAUGAUAUAUUGUGUGCUGACUGACAUUUAAAUGACAGCAUGUCACUUGUCACAUAAAGAUCAUAGAUUAGUCGACCACGACAACAACAUCCUCUUUCCUUCCCCAGGAAAAAGCUCUUCCUCACAGGGAUGCCCAGGCUUCUUUCUACUGUUGUAUAAGUUACAAAUGUGCAUUAUUUUUGUGUUUUUAUUAAAUACCUAUUUAUGACUUAAAAAUGAAGUUGGAUCUUAAGCAAUGUUGGGGUCUAUAUGAGUAAACAUUGUAAUAACUUUCCUGGCAUACCAGUCCUCAUGCUGCUCACACACAGACAGUGCCAACCAUUUUUCUCACAAAUUGAUCUCAAGUUAGUUCUCAGAGAGUACGGUAUGUGGGUUGUGGAGUUUCACAUUUAGGAUGUACCUAUUCCAAAAACAUUAUUCCUUCAGGCUCACCUCAUAAUCUGCUCACUUAUAUUUACUGAUUUCAAAAUAUUAUAUCAGAUACUACUAAACUUCAUAAUCCUGUUUUCAUCAAAACACUUCUACAUUCCUACUGUACUACAAAAAUAUUCAGUGGCACGUGGAUAUUUAACUUUUUAUAAAUCCGUGCAGUGUUGUAUUUAGUAGUCAUUCUGAGUUGAAGAAUAUCCCAGUAACUUUUUUUUUUUUUUUUUAGUUUAAAUUAAUUGUGUGGUUGUGAAUCAAGUGGUGUUAGUUUGAUAAACUGAAAUAAUUGAAGCAACCCAUAUCUAUAAAACAAAAAUGUUGGUGUCUUGUGCUUUAAAGUUGAGUUAGAAUAAUGGCAUAAUUUAAUAUAAAUUUUUUUUUGGUAGAAUUGAAAAUUGAAAGAGAUUUUAUAGAGACAAACUUGAGACAAUAUGCUCACUUUUGUGAAAAAUAAUUUGAACAUCUUUGAUCAGCCAUAGAUUUUGUUUUUUUAAUAUUGUACAUUAAACAUAAUACAAAUACCAAUCUUAAAAUAUUUUAUGUUUCAUCUUGACAGUCAGUAAAUUUGUAAUGUAAUGUGUAAGACAAUUUUUUAUACAAAAUAAAUUUUACUUUAAUUCUGUAAUACACUAAUAUGUACCAUGAAUACCACAGCAUAUUUGUUAAAACUAUUUCAUAUUUUAACUUGUAAAUUAAAUUAUUUAUUUACUUGAGAUUUAUUUUUUACUUCACUUUGUAGCAAAAUGUUACCAUAGGCAGGUUUGACCUGAUAAAAUGUCUUGCAAUGUAUGUAUAAAAUACAAAUUAAAUUAAUUCCAGCCAGUUAUUGAAACCACCAACAAAGUUUACAUCGAAAUAAUUUAUGUAAUACAAAGAUACUGAGUGAAUAAACAUAUGUGUAGGUUUAAUAAAAAAAAGUUUUUUUUGUUAAUAGUAUAGGUGAAAGGAUUGUGCAGAUACUUAACUACAAAAUGGAUACUAAAAUCACAACUUUUAAUUUGGUCGUAAAUUGAUCUACAGGACAUUGUAGUUAAGCUAAAUUUUUUCUGUUAAUUUUUUUAUAAUAAUGAUGACUAUUCACAUCUUCUGAUAACAGCAAUGUAUCAGGUUCAUAUCUGAGUUAUGGAUGUUUUAUAUUUUUCUCCGGUGUCAAUAUCGGACUUAAGUACAUAAAUAACUUAAGUUGCUCUGAGCUCACUGGGAAUCUCCCCCUUCCCCCCACUAAUCACUGUCUUUAUUAACAGAUUCUUAAAGGUUAAAGGAAAAAAAGGUUUUUAUUUUUUUAAUGGGGAGAUAAUUGAAUUUGCACAAUCUAUUUAUAUAUGUAGAAUGUGUGUUGUUAUUCUUGUAAGAUUGCUCAAAAAUGUCAGUGUUGCCUUUAUGUAAAUUUUUUUUGUAAUAGUUUGGAUGUUUCUAGCCGAGCAGACUGCAAUGCAACAUUUGAAAGCUGCAUUGUGCUGCAGACUUUGUGUUUCACCCUUAUUGUUGUGGUGCUUAUUUGCAGAAUUCUCAUCACUCGACAGUUAGGGAGUGAGCAAAUGAGUACACUGUUAGUGUUGUAGCCUUUGCUAUUGAGUUAAUGUGCUUGACAAUGUAAAUGGUACUCAUGUCAUUAGUAAUGACUCUGUUAUGUGAAAUGUUAUUUGGUGUUCGACACUGCUGUAAUAGCUGACCAAUGUACACAAUUUUAAAGGCUGUUUGUUAUUUCUCCAAUAAAGACUUAGGACGGUAAUUGUUAUUCCAUGUUGUGUACUCUGUUGAGUGUGUGCAAUGUCUUAUUACAGUCUGUUUGUUAGGUGUAAUUAUUGCAAACGCACAAUCAUGCUUGGAGGAGAAGUCUGUGAUGCUUUCAGUGUUCCCAAGUUAUCCUGAUGUGUGCAGCUGAUACUGUUGUACUGCCUGUGUGUGAUUAAGGUAUUGAAAUAAAUGUUUAUGGAUGUAA